AUGAGCGACAAGCAAGAGACGCGGGAACCCUGGCAGCGAAAAUCCCACACUCGCGACGAAAAGCUCAGAACAGCACUCUGCAACGGCGGAGGCGACAUGGCCUUUCUGGCCACAUCUAUGAUUCACGCGGCCUUGGAGCCGUUGUACCAGAGUGGACACAUGUCCGACCUGACAGUGACUUGCCGCGGCCAGCAGUUCCGGGUGCACAAGGCAAUCGUGUGCUCGCAGUCGCCGUUCUUCGACAAGGCGUGCAACAGCGGCUUCCAAGAGGGCAUCGAGCAGAAUGUUGACCUCCCUGAGGAAAACCCAGAGAUCUUGGAUCGCUUCUUCCAGUUUCUCUAUGCCGGGACCUACUCCGAUGGAGAGCAUCUGGAUUGUCUACCGUCAAAGCCUGCGAUGAUGAGCCCAGCGGCAGUAUCAGAGAGUCUUGCAGCAGCGACACUGGGACCCGUUCAGGAGGGUGGUCUAGAACGCGCCAGCAUACUGUCAAACACAACGACGCCUCCAGGCAACGCCGCCAAUGGAGACGCAAGUCAUGAAAGCGUCACAUCAGCCGACCAGGCCCAGAGCGACGAAGAGGGAGAUGAUGAAUAUUCCACGACAGAGGAAAGCGAUACAGACGGAGACGAUUCAGAGAUGGAAGUGACAGAGGGAAGCGAUACAAACGGAGACAUUUCAGAGAUGGAAGUGGAUCCUCUGGAUUACGAUUCGGAGGUGUCGGAGCAUACCGAUCCAAAUUGCUUGCGUGAGUUGUAUAACAAGGAAACCAACAAGGGGAAGCUUCCUCCGGGGACAGCAAACUGCCAGGACAAUAUCCUGGUCGCGAGCAUCAUUAUCUCACUCAGGGUCUACGUCAUGGCCGAGAAGUACGAUGUUCCAGCACUCAAGUUGUUGGCUGAGAAGCGCUUUAGAGGGACCGUGGAGAACUUCUGGCUGGCAUACGAUGGCUUGCCAGCGAUGGCAGAUGAGCUCUUCGCGUCAACCCUGCCUCAAGACCCCCUCCGAACUUUUAUCGUUGAGCUAGUGGCUUCCCAGUAUCUCUUGAACCCAGCCAUCCGGGUCAAGAUGCGGCCAGUCAUGGAGAGGCACACGGACUUUGCUAUGGGUGUUCUGGACCAGUUGGCCAGUUCUGGGUGUCGUUGA